GAGGCGGUGUGUCAAAGCUUCGUUUGGGACGCCAUAGCUCAUAAGCGGAUCACAGUUCACAGAUGCAAAUUUCUUCUUUUAGAAGAGCGAAAGUGUCCAUAACUCUCCACCGUUGAGAUAUUAAGGUUACGUUUUGCCAAUCAGAAUGUCCUAGCAAAGACAUCUGAGCUUUUUUCUAUAUUCUGAAGGCCUUGAAAUACAGAAAAGUUUACUUUCGCUCGUGUUUUUGUUGGCCGACGACGAAUGGCGGCAAGAGCGGGAUCUAGUCCGAAUGGAACGCUCAAUCAACCGAUAUCUAACGGACCAGGAGGCAAAGUAGUACUGAAGGAAGCCGUGGAUGCUGUGCUUAAAUCAUUUGCCAAACACACGCAGGGCUAUGGAGGCGUGAAUGUAAUUGAUGCACUGGAGGAAUUCUGGAACAUGAAGAAAGCAAAAGGAGCCAAAUUUAAGACUGGAGACUGUGUUAGCUAUGAGCCUGGCUCAGCAGAGAAGCCUCCGUAUGUUUGUUUUGUCACUUUGCCCGGUGGGAGCUGUUUUGGCAGUUUUCAGCCCUGCCCAACCAAGGCUGAGGCAAAAAGAAGUGCAGCUAAGAUAGCGUUGAUGAACUCUGUGUUUAAUGAGCACCCAUCAAGGAAAAUAACAGAUGACUUUAUUGAUCAAGCAGUUCAUGAAGCACAAGGCACUGAAGCCAAAGUAGCAGCCAAAAGACGCACCAUGUCACUUAAACCACAAGAUCCACAUAACCCAAACACAGGCGUAGGGGCAUUCAGAUUCAUGCUAGAGGCUAAUAAGGGUAGAACGAUGCUUGAAUUUCAGGAACUAAUGACCAUUUUUCAGUUAUUACACUGGAAUGGCAGUCUGAAAGCAAUGCGAGAUCGGAACUGUUCUCGACAAGAAGUCCUUGCCCAUUACAAUGAGAGAAUAAUUGAUGAUGAUAUGAGAAGCCAAAUGGCUUUGGACUGGAUAUCAAGGGAGCAAGAGCAGCCGGGGCUGAUUGCUGAGGAGCUCAGUAGAGCUACAAAUGAACUGGAACAGUGCCGGCUUAGUGGCCGUGAAUUGAGAUUCCCUAAAGAGAAAAGGGACAUUCUAAUGUUGGCUUGUAGCCAACUUGGCAAAGUUUGAUAUCUCAAAAUAUUACUUGCUGAAAUUACUACAAAAUUGCCAAGACUAUUGCCUUUCUCGUGAAGGGUUUCAUGGUCAGUGUAUUGUGGCAAUGCUAUAAUGAAGUUACACAGUAAAGAGAAGGGGAAAAAUACUCUGACCAUGACCUGGAUUCCCAAGAAUGGACUUUUUGCAAAAAGCUCAUUUAUAUCGAAGUGAUGUCAAGUGGAACCUUGAUUUUACUAUUUUUGGUAUGAAAAAAAGCAUUGUGUAAUGGUGGUAUCAUUGGAGGUAGUUGUUAGCUUGAGGUCAUUUUCCAUACAUAUUGCAUUUAUUACCUAGAACAGAAAGAAUAAUCAUAUAAUUGAUCAUUGAUGGUAUUAUUUUAAAAUAUAUACUAAAAUCCAGGUUUCACAAUACUAUUAAUUUCUUACAAAGAAAAUCAAAGGAUUUUGUGUGCUUUAUUCGGGUAACCUAGGUUGGUUAUGUACUGUACUGCAUGUGUAUCACCACAGGGCUUGUUUAGAAUGCUAUGCAGCUCUUGCAAAUGACGAUGAGUUAUCAAGUGUGGUGUGACCCUGGGGGUAACUACCCCUAAAAAGUCACAUAUGCUCGUCCUUAUCCCGUAAGGAUGUAAAAUUUGCACAAUUGCUACCCCUUAGGGUGUCUCAAGCUUUUUGUGGAAAAGAGAUAAAUUGAUUCACUAACAGAUCUUUGUUCUUAUUUAUCAUAAUUGAACACCCAUUUUGUAAUAUGUUGCUGACACCACCUGUAAUUCAGCCUUGCUGCGAGAGACGGUAAUAAACUAAUGAUUGACUGCAA